GUUGAUUUCGCGGUCAGGCAUCAGCCGUAUUUUGAGAACCACCAGGGUUGGGACUCUCAAACUAUCGGCGAGCAUAGGCAAGGACCAGCAUACGUGAGUACGAAUGGAUUGAUAAUACUGGAAGGGCGCCUGAUGAACCCCGUACGACACGACACGGCAGGGCAAAGAGAGUUUGCGUGAUGGACAAGAAAAGGAGGUCGACGUUGAAGCUAUUUUGCUUGUCUCCGUCCGUGAUGAAUCAGCAGCAACGGACCGUUCGGCCGAGCGACGGAUCAAUGCAAAAUAUGGAUGUCUGACAAAAUUCUUGGCAGCUAGUCACCUGCAUUAUAGCGGUGUAACUUUUGUCUGACGAGAGUCCCACAGAAUGCGCGGACCAAGCGUGGACCAACCUUUGCCCACUACCGCAUUCAGAAGCCUCUACCACAAUCCCACGUCCGAGUCCACAGUGUGGCAGAUCACUGGUGGGCUACAAUUGUACAGAAUCUUCAAAUAUGCUCCAUACUAGUAUGUGGAAUCUUCCAGUAAUGCUAUGAGCCAAUUGGCCAACAGCUUUCCCGCAUCGCCAACAACCUGAUCUGGCUAUUCAAACCUACGUUGUACCUGGCACGCAGUACUAGCACUGUACAGCUAAACUCCGGUUCGACUGGUCCACCGCACCCGGUGCGGUACGGCGAUACGAGGGCACUCUCCAGAACCCCAGAGCAUUGACCAUCAGCGCUGGGUCAGCCCUACCACUCGUGCAGGUAGUGGUGGUAUCUCGCGCUUGAUCUCACCACUAGGCUGAACGGAGAGUUUUGGUGAGGACUAGCAUGGUCUUCUGCCAGGCCCAAGUUUCGAACCUGCCUGCGUCAGCCGGAGACUUCCACUUCUGCCUGUCGUACUCUAUACCUCUUAUCCGGCCUCUCCUCCGUUGACUUUCGACCGAAUUGCUGGCACGCUCAGGCCUGCCCUUCUCGUGUCAGACAAUGUCCCGUCCCCCGAGCAUGUCCACUUCGCCGUACCAUGAGGCCCUCGGAUUUGGUUCUGACCACAAUCAAGGGCCUCCGAGGAAGAAGAUGCGAAAGGGAACAAAAAGUUGCCUGGAAUGUCGACGGCGCAAGAUCAAAUGUACUUUUACCCCCGGAAGACCCGCAAUUUGCAAUGAGUGUUAUGCGCGGAAUUCCACGUGCAUCGAUCAGGAACAUGGUGACAUACAGACAUACACGCAGUCGACCGUGGAGCAGUCGUCGUAUAGUCUACGCGAGCGAGUGUCGCAACUGGAAGAUUUGGUAAGACAGGUCCUGAAUCGCCUGCCCGAGCAGGAUGCCAGCAAACCUUCAUCAGACAACGAUGCAGAUACAGACAAAAGACAUGUCGAUGCGCAGGCCGCAGAAGUUCUCAAAAGCCUCAAAGGUUCUUUCCGACAGGCCGCGACCGCGACGGACGAAUCGAUCCUGGUUCCGGGGGGCCUGCGGGAAGAUGCUCCUGCUUUGACCCUUUUUGAUAAUGCUGUCAUCACAAGAAAAGAGAGCCAAGCUGUGGUUUCGAGGGCUCAAUACAACAAGACCAAGGCACUCCUUGCGGCGUUGCACAAGUUACUGCCUCCCGCACAGGAUCUCGAUAUCAUACUUGAGGCCUCUCAUGAGUGGUGGGCAAUAUGGAGGACAAUGUUUCCCCAGAUUGCGGACAGCCGAUGUGAAACCAUCAAGGAAUCGGUGUCUCAUUCUUUGCGGACCGAAAAACCAGCAGAAGUUGGGAAGAUCAUGCUCUGUAUCGCCAUCAGCGUCCAUCAGCUACCGUCCACUUUUGACUGGUCACGACUGCAAAUCAAGGAGGAGCGGACUGACCUCAUGGAACGCUAUAUUGCCACCGUGGACAAGUUGAUUACUUCUGACGAUGAGAUCGCCGCCACCGUUGACGGUAUUGAAUGCAUGCUGCUUGAAGCAAAGUAUCAUAUUAACAUGGGCCGUCCAAGACGUGCGUGGCUCCUUUACCAUCGCGCUAUUGCCUUUGCGCAGCUUCUCGGAUUGCACAGGCUGCCGGCCAGCCCCAACAACAAAUCACUGGAUUAUCAACGCUCCGUCAAUCUCUGGUGCCAUCUUGUUUUAGGGGACCGAUAUAUAUCCCUUUUACUUGGUCUUCCUUAUACGGUUGCAGAGGCCUUCGUGACACCGUACAUCCCUAGGUCCACAGGUCCAGUGUCCGCGACCAAAGUCAACAGUGGUGAAGUCUACGCAGCCAAAAUGCUCCCCAUCAUCACCAAGAUCAGCGAUCGGAACCAAAGCGUGACGCCGAUGGGAUACUCAGCCACCUUGCGAUUGGACCAGGAACUGGAGGAGCUACACAAUGCUCAAGAUCCCUCAUGGUGGAAUCCUGAUGUCAUUCCGGGUACACCGGUGGAAGAACACUUUGGUCGGUUGCAGGCUCAUUUUUUCCAUCAUCAGGCCAGAGUCCUUCUCCACAUGCCAUUCAUGCUCCGUUCCUCGGCUGACAAGAGAUACCAAUAUUCGCAUUCUGCCGCUCUCGAUGGGGCGAGAGAAAUGAUUCGCAUCUACGACGCACUACGAACGAACAAAUCCGUUGGACCAUUUAUUUGCAAGCUGGUGGAUUUCCAGGCAUUUACCGCCGCCAUGUUGCUGCUUUUGAAUCUGUGUGGUUAUGCACAGCAGCACCGGGGGAACAACGUCCAGCCUCCGGAUCUGGAGCAAGACCAACGAGAUUCGGACCUCAUUGAUCUUACGAUUGCUCUGCUUAAGAAUGCUGCAAAGGAGCCCGGCGGCGUAGUGGCCGCGCAAUCCGCGCAAGCGCUCGAAAUGAUUGCUCGGGUGCGACAAGGCUGCGAAGAACAAAAAGCGAAUUCAUGCCGCAAUGAAACCAUUCAGGUCUCCAUCCCUUACUUCGGUACCAUCUCCAUUGGAAUCGGGAAACAGUUUGUGCCCAUCAAACCGGGAACGUACGGUCAACGGUUUACAGGUCAAUCCAUCAGCACCACCACAAGAAACUUAGACACGGUGCCCGCUGGCAAUGCCUACGGCGGUAUGCCCAAUGCUGGUCUCCCUACGCCUCCAUCAAUAUCGUCUGGCAGCACGCAGCAAUCCCCCCUGUCGACGACCAUUGACAAUCUGCAUUCUCAGCAAUCCCACCACUCCCUCUCACAAGCUCAAGCUCAAGCUCGAGAUCAAAGCCAGAGCCAAGGUGGAGCGUCAGGUUAUGGAUCGACAAACUAUACUGCUUCCGGAGGAUAUGACCAGAACCAGAAUUGGCCACCGUCAGAAUCCGACGAUCUGUUUGUGAAUUUUGAUAGCUUUAUGGCGUUUCCUUCUGGAGUUCUGGAUCUGCCCUCGGCCGGCGGCUGCACCACCACCACGAGUUCUUCCUCGGGAUUUACUCCACAACAGAUGUGCCAGAGUCCGUAUCCCAGCGGUGGCGCUUGUGGCACCACAACCACCCAGGACCUGAAUGAUGGUGGUGGUGGUGGUGGUGGUGGUGCGGAUGGUGUUGCGGCGGCAGGCGUGGGAACAGGCCAGCCUGCCCCUGGCCAGCUUGGUGAUAAAGCCGCUGCCAGUGUUCCGCAACAAGGGUUCCCGUUUGGAUCAUACCCAUAUGCCCAGACAGCAGUGGAGUUGGACCAAGGUUGGAACUGGUUUGGACUGAACGCUCCUUCUAUGUGAUGAUAUGAUCAUACAUCAACUAAUUAGAACGGCUGUAUAUUACAGAAGUAGAUACCCAGGGCAAGUGGCAGUUGUCGGUUGGCGUUGGUAAUCCAAUAAUGAGAUUAUGAAAAGCAAAGGCCGCAUGGUGCCAAUGUGGUGGAUGAUCUUUUUGCGUGAGAUGAGGGUGGCCAAUGAAUUACAAUCGAUCUCGAUUUUUGAUUACGAAAACCAAUUCCUGUGAUGAACUUCUUUUCUUAGGCGUACUGUAUAUGUCCAUUCUUUAAUUCUGGUAUAGUAUAGUACUUCCAGUGUAUGUAAGGUAAUGUAAUGUAAUCCCAUCCCA